UGUGGCAACAACAAUUUCAACAACGGCAACAGCAGCGGCAGCGGCAGCAAGCGCUGCCCUGGAAAGUAUUCCAAUAACAAUUGCAACAACGGCAACAUGUCCGCUUACAACAACAGCAGCAACAACAGCAACAACAGUAACAGUAAAAAUGCAUCCCGCAAGAAUCGUUGCAACAACAACAACAAUCCGCAUCAAAAGCAACGCAACUUCUAUGGCAAUUCGCAGAAGCGAAUCUUUGGAGCUGCCGGCGAUAUGGAUGCCAAUCUGAAUGGGGAAUCGCAAGCCCAAUCCUGGCGCAACUACAGCGGACACCAUCUGGUGAAUUCUUCAUGCAUCGAAGACAAAUUCCUGGGCCAGCACAAUCCGGCCCACCGCAAUAGCACCAGCAGCGAGACCACCAGCGAGGAUAUCUGCUCCAGUCGGGAGCAGAUUCACAAGCCAAAGGGUGCCCACAACAAUGCCUCGAAUGGGGGCAGCAACGGCAGCAAGACACACUCGAAGCGGCAGCAAAAGGGCAGAAACUCUGCACAGCAGCAGGAGCAGAAUGGCCAGAGCAAGGCAGCAGCAGGUGUAGCAGGUGCAGUGGGAUUCAGCAAGGCCAAGCAGCAGGCAAGUGCUGGCAAGUGGCGUCAGCAGCAGUCGCAGCAGCAGCCAUCACAACAGUUGCAGCAGCAGCAGCAGCAGCAGCAGCAGAAGCGCGGCAACAACAAGAAGCAGCAGCAGCAGGGCAACACCAAGUGGUGCAACAGCAACAAUAGCAGCAACGGUGCAAACAACAAUGCUGCUGGCAGGAACAACAUUAACAUUAACAUAAACAUGAGCAAACCGAAUGGCAGCAACAAUCGCAAUGUGGCCAAGCAGCUGGCCAACUCCUGUGGCAGCAGCAGCUUCUCCUCCUCAUCGUCAGCCUUAAGCUCCUCGGCUGGCAGCUCGCCAAACAGUUCGCCCUAUGCAAAUGGCAACCGGAAGCGUGCAAGCCACUACAACAACAGCAACAACAAGAGCAACAACAACAACAACAACAACAACAUGCUGCUGCAGGGAGAGAUGAAUGUGAACUUUCUGGUGCCGCCACUGCGGCAGCGCGAACAGCUGAAAAUGGACGACCAGGAGGUAAUUGAGCGCCUGCGCCCCCACCUGAUCGACCAGCACCUGCUGCGUGUGUACGGCUUUCCCGUGGAGAGUGUGGUGCACGAGGGCGCCAUUGAGAUCUUUAAGUGUAUGCCGAACAUGAACAUGGCCGCCGCACGCUUGAUGUCCUUGACGCUGGAGCGUGAGCGGGAAAUGCACUAUCGUGAGCUGGCGCCUCCACCCGUUAUCAACUACGAUGACGGCCUGCCGACAGAGGAGUCACAAGCAGCAGCAGCAGCAGCCAGAAAAUGCUUCACCGUGUCCACAGACUCUGGCAAUAGUUCGCCGAGCUCCCUGGACUCCGAGUCCGGGGAGUGGAGUGGCAGCGAGUGCGGUGAGUCGUCAUCGGCUGGAGCAUGCCGGCCGGAGAUGAAGUACUAUCAGUACGCGAACAGCUUCCACGCCCAUGUGGAUCGCAGCCUGUCCAAGCCGUGUGCCCGCUGCAAGCGUCACUUUCUCGUGGACGAGCUGACCGGCGAGUAUCUGACGCGCGAGGAGUGUGUCUACCACGAGGGCAAGUACAAUCGCUACUACGACGGCACCUACGUCGGUCGCUGGACCUGCUGCAAUGCCACCGAUGAGGCAGCCGAGGGCUGUGUCCAGGGCGAGCUGCAUGUGUGGACGGGCUCUGCGGUGGGCGUCAAUGGGCCCUACUACGACUUUGUGCGAACCCAACCGGCCCCGGGUGGCUACCAUUUGGGGCACACACCAUCGGUGUACGCCCUCGACUGUGAGAUGAGCUACACGGGCCGUGGCCUCGAUGUGACCAAGGUGUCGCUGGUGGCACUCAACGGGCAGCUGGUGUACGAGCACUUUGUGCGCCCCGACUGCGACAUCAUUGACUACAACACACGCUACUCCGGCAUCACGGAGAAGGAUCUCCGCUCGGGCAAUGUCAAAAGCCUCGCCGAGGUGCAACGCGACCUGCUGCAGCUGAUCAGCGCGGACACAAUACUGAUCGGCCAUGCUCUUGACAAUGAUCUGCGCGCCCUGCGCAUUGUCCAUCAUACGCUGAUCGAUACCUCGAUCACGUUUCCCCAUGGCAGCGGAUUCCCCUUCCGCCGCGCCCUGCGCCUGCUCACCAAGUACCAUCUGCACCGGGAGAUCCAGUGCGGAGAUGGGACGACGGGACACAGCAGCUUCGAGGACUCGCGCGCCUGCAUGGAUCUCAUGCUGUGGCGUGUGCGCCGUGAGCUGGAUCCCACAUGGCGCUGGCAGGGCUAGGAUCGAGGCAUGGGGUCGUGUGCAUAGUUGGGCGGGUUACUCUAGUUACACGUAGUUAUUAUAAUAUUGGGAUGGGUCUCUGGUGGUGGGUCCAUUUGGGGGACGGGGACCCACCGCCUAGUCGAUAGCCCCUAGAUGUAUUUUGUAUUCAAAUCUCAGAAGUGUUAGCGAGGAGCGGCUAACGCAUUGCCGAUGAAAUGGUUCACAAAUCAAAUUAAAAUAAGCACAAAAUCGUUAACGAAACAAAUAAAUAGCAAAAAAAAAAAAGCACACAAGAAGAAAAAAUUAAUAUAUUUAUAUAUAGAUAUUUCGUAGGCGUAACUUUAAUCUACAUACUACACACAUAUGUUUACAUUGAGAUAAACAUAUUGUUUUUUUUUUUUAUUUAAUUAAUUUUUUUUUUUCGAACCACAAGAAAAUGUACUGAAGUUAUAGCUGUGAUGUUUUUUUCACUUUCUCACAUAUUUACACGACAAAAAAGAAACAAAACAAAAACAAAUACAAAACAAAAGCUACAAAAAAAAUAAAAACAAUAUACAAAAAGAUAUAUAUUCAUUCAUAUACAUAAAUGUAUAUAUAUUUUUGAGAGCGGAAGGGUAAUUCGAAACGCCUUUCAUAUUUUUCGACACCAGCCACAACAAAUCACUCCAUUUAUCACGAUAUACUUUUAUUUUCGUUUUUUUUUCCAUCGUAAUUAUUUUUUUUUAUUUGACAAAAAGUACGAAUGAAGCAUCUCAUAUAUAAAACAAGAAAAAGAAAAAGAAACGACGGAAGGAAAGUU